AUGGCGAGAUGCGACCAUGCUGCGUGGAUCGAGCUCUGGCAAGGUGAAGCGGGGCCCCUACUCAACCACGGCUGGAGACUUCCACAAAUUGUGAAAGAAUUACCAAACGCUUUCGAGCAAUCUCCACAAAUCACUCUUUUUUUAGGCCGACAUCUGAAAGACAGAGCAUUACGCACCCUGUGUCAAAACAAUUACAAAGGAAGAAAGGGGAAGAAUAACGUCAACAUCAGAAUUGAUAACCGUACAAUCAAUGCCUUGCAUCCACAGCUGUUUGCAGAUUCGGAUCCGACAAACCUGAAAUUGCAACCCAUGCAGCCAGCAAUAGCAGGAUCUAUCAGAUGCCAUCAAGACCACACUAUAUCAAUGGACAGACUGCCUCUGGAUUUCGAAGUGUAUGAUAUUGUUCUCACUCGCUUACUGUUCAUGUUCGUCGAUGUGAUUUGUAUUUUUGUGGACGAUGUUGGAGGCCCAGAUGCCGUGCACAGUAUGUUGUCAAACUGGAUUCGUAUUGGGCUGGCAUCGACUCUCCCACGAUCCAUCCGACCAAAGGUCAUCAUUGUCACUGGCAGCAAUAUAACCCAAAGUGUGACCUCCGAUCUACUUGACGAGACAGACUUCUUUUUCGAGCUUCAAACUCUACAUCCAGACUUGUUCGACGUAUUCUCUGAUAUCAGUUUCUCUCAGCUGCCUUCAGACAAGUUAUCCUCUAAAGCUCAAUUCUUAACACUCCACGCCGAUAUAUCCAAACAGCUUCACAAGGCACGAUUCAAUCGUAUCAAACAUAACUUGAUGUUCUCGGCGCCUCAUCUAAGCGACCUGUUCAAAAUAGCGACUCGGCAUAUAGGGGAACCAUCUCCUCCUCGAUUUGACUUCAUCGUCGCUGCAAGACAACAAAACCCCCUUGAUGGAGCAUUUAGUUCUCAUCUUAUGGAGUUCCUCAAAACAAGUGGAAAGGCCACCCUACCUUAUGAUGGCAUCGCAUCUCAUAUUGCUUCUGCUAUUAUGAUAGAUGCGUAUCCUUUUGGGGCUCAUUUGUUUUCUCCUCGAACAAUUUUUGAAAGAACCUACUACGAAAGGUGUUAUUUGGCUCAUCGGAAGAUAUAUAGCUCAGACGAACUCGCAAGAACCCAAUGUGAACGAAUUGGUGACCGGUUUCAAAUUUUGUUUGACCGCAUGACAUUCAAAUGCAUAUCCUCUGCAAAUAUCCACGCAGACAACUUGAAUCGCCAGAAUAAAUAUUGGGGCUGGCUGAGGUCAAACAAAACUUGUCUCAUAUGCAUCAGGCGGAGUCCAGAGCAUGUGCUCCCAUGCGGUCACUCAAUGUGUGAUACGUGUGUAAAAGUCUUUGGGGAAAGUGUGAUGUCAGGAGAGGAAGAGUAUAUUAUCCCAAGAUGCUUACUCUGCGGUCAAGAGACGCCCCUUGAGGUUCGCAUCAAGCCUCCUACAUGUGCAAGUCGAGUUUUGAGUAUCGAUGGGGGUGGACCACGCGGUGUUAUUCCCCUCGAAAACCUCGAAAUCUUGCAAGGGUUUCUUGGGCCGAUUCCACUUUGCAAUAUGAUUGACCUAACAGUUGGCUGUAGCUCUGGAGGACUGAUAGCGUUGUCUCAAUUCAUGCUUCGCUUGGACAUUCAAUCAUGCAAGCUACUCUUUCGAGAUCUGGCCAAAAAGGUCUUUUCGCCGGCAAGAAAGAAGCACCUACUCAGAUCAUGGCUAUCUGACAGCUUAUAUGAUGUCAAUUCUCUCGAGGAUGCCUUGCAGGAACAUUAUAGCGCGACGAGGCGAAUGUUUGACACACCUCAGGCCUGUCUAUCAGCCGGGAAGGUUGCCGUAUCUGCAAGUGAGAUCAGUGCAGGUGCACCAUUUAUCUUCACAAAUUAUAACGGUGCAGCUCCCCACAGAGCCCAAUCUGCUUAUGGCAGGCUUCGACCCGAUAGCGAGAAUGAACCGUUUGUCUGGCAAGUAGCCCGUGCUACUGCAGCUGCACCAUGUCUAUUUCCAACAGUUGAUAUCCCAGGUCUCGGAACCUUCCAAGACGGCGGCAUGAGAAGACAUAAUAACCCGAUCAAUCUAGCGCUCUCCGAAGCAAAGCAUCUGUGGCCAAAUUGUCCUAAUCCGGAUGUUUUCAUUUCUCUCGGAACAGGCUCUGAGAAUCACAGCCAGUCUCCGACAAUUUCCAAAUUCCGCAAUGUGUUAGUUGACGGGUGGCUUCCACGCAUCUAUCGAUCGGUGACUUCUUCUUUUGAGGGUCAAAACAAUUGGAAAGAGUUCUUAGGAGUGGUAGAUGAAAAGUCACGGGAAAGUUGUUUCCGCUUUGAUUUAUCCAUUCCGGGGGGACUACCCAGGCUCGACGACACUGAAUGCAUGGACAAACUGUCUAAUCUCGUCCGCACAAAUAUAUCAACCGAACGGACACAAAGAGAUGCUGCUCUUUCAUUACUAACCACUUCGUUUUUCUUCCAUCUGGAUGCUAAGCCAGAAUACUUCUCGGGGAUGUUGAAAUGUACGGGAUCAAUCCGUUGCCGUGCUCCAGCAAAACAAGUUAUUGAAUGCCUCAACGGAAUUGAUCCUACUCCUAAACAAUUCUAUAAAGACUCAAUCAACUUAGGUCUUGAACUAAGUGCUGAUGACAUUUGUCAACAUUGCAAUCGGUAUUCUAAACCAAUACGAUUCAUUGUCCGAGAUGAGAAAGACAUGAUCACUAUAUCAUUGCGAUUCCGUGGAGAACGAUCAAAUUUGAGUGCUUUUCCCAAUAGCAUGCAAUGGUUUACCGAACAGCAAGGACUCGAAUGGAGCUUCGGGUCUCCCGGGCGUCAUGGAAGCCAUUCUCAGUCGGGUUGCCCUAUUUGCGAAGGGAAAGAAGCUGGGAGGCCACGGAAAAGGAAGCAUGCAGAUAUCUAG